AUGGGGCUUGAUCCACAGCUGAUGAGGACAUACUACAGAACUCUAUUUCCCUUGGACCUCAUGUUCAGAUGUCUUAGGAUAGACGAGAGCCGCGAGAUUUCCUUUGGGCUGGGGUCUGGCGGGUACAUUCGCUUUCUAACGUUCAGAACUGCUGAUGAGUUUAGGAAAAAGCUGAUGGGAAUUGCUCCAGAUAAAAUUGAUGUUGGAGCCAUCUACAGAGACAGGCCUACAAAACACAGCAUCUCAAGGGUUGUUGGGAAGGAGCUGGUUUUUGAUGUCGACCUGACUGAUUACCCGAGAGAAUGCUGCUCCGAGAAGCUUGUAUGCAACAGAUGCUUGGUGCUGAUAAAAGCGGCAGUCGAGAUUCUCAACUAUUCGCUGAGAGAGGAGUUUGGAUUCAAGGAUGUGGGCUUUGUGUUUUCUGGAAGGCGUGGGGUGCACUGCUGGGUGUUUGACGAUGAGGCGCUUGAGCUGAGUGACCUCGAGAGAGGAGAGAUAGUGAAAUAUUACGACUCUGUUGCCAAGAAGAAGAAGUAUCCUGAGGAGUAUAGAAGGAUUCUACGGAAGUACUCUUCUCUUCUCGGAGACAAGGAUCUGGAGGAUUCCGAGCUGUUUGAGAAGAUGUAUCUGAGGAUAGACAAGGAGGUGACGCAGAAGACCAAGCAUCUGAUUAAGAUGCCGUUUUCUGUGCAUCCUAGCACAGAGAUGAUCUCCGUUCCGAUCGACGUCUCUAAUUUGGAUACCAUCAGGCUGGAGGAUUUUCCAAGGCUGAAGGAUGUUCUGGAAUCACCCGAAAGACUCAAACCAUAUCUCGACAUUGCAAACAAAUGGAGGGCCCUGUCUUGA